ACGUCAUACGGAAACCAACCAACCGCUAACUGUUCAAAUAUCCAAGCAUAAAAACUAGAAUAUACUCUCUUCCCUUUUUUUUGGACUCCGGUUCAUUCUAUUUUUUUCCAAUCCAUUUCUCUUUGCCUUCUCCUUCUUCGUAAUUCUCUCUUUCUCUCUUCUUCUAUACACACAGUCGAUAGCUACUCUGCUUCUCCCUUCUUCUUUUUCUUUUUCAUGGAAAAUCCAUGACUAUGGCGGGGUUUCAGUAUUCCUUUGUUCUUGCUCCGUUUCUUAUUAUAACAACUUCUUUAUCAGUCUACGGCAAGAACAAGAUUCUGUCAACUUUAGACGGUCCGUUUGAGCCAGUUACUGUUCCUUUUGACGUUAGAUUACGUGGUAACGCCGUUGAUUUGCCCUAUACUGAUCCCCGAGUUAUUCGCCGAGUCAGAGGAUUUGAGCCAGAGCAGAUAUCGGUUUCUCUAUCGGCCUCUUACGAUUCUGUUUGGAUCUCCUGGAUUACAGGGGAAUCCCAAAUUGGUUAUAACAUAAAACCACUAGACCCUAAAAGUGUUGCCAGUGUUGUUCGUUAUGGGCCUUUGAGAUAUCCGUUAAGUCAUGAAGCUAAGGGCUAUUCCCUUGUUUAUAACCAGCUUUAUCCUUUUCAAGGUCUCCAAAAUUAUACUUCUGGAAUCAUCCACCACGUUCGUCUUACUGGGUUAAAACCUGACACAUUAUAUUACUAUCGAUGUGGGGAUCCUUCUAUAAAAGCAAUGAGCAGCAUUUACUCAUUCAAAACAAUGCCAGUUUCUAGUCCAAGAAGCUAUCCUAGUAGAAUAGCAAUUGUGGGAGAUCUUGGACUUACAUACAAUACAACUUCCACAAUCAGCCAUGUGAUUAGUAACAAACCUGAACUUGUUCUGCUUGUUGGAGAUGUUACUUAUGCAAAUCUAUACCUCACAAAUGGAACUGGUGCCGAUUGCUAUACAUGUGAAUUUUCUGAUUCUCCCAUACGUGAGACCUAUCAACCUCGUUGGGAUUAUUGGGGAAGGUUUAUGCAGUCUUUAAUUGCUAGAGUUCCAAUUAUGGUAUUGGAGGGGAACCAUGAAAUUGAACCACAAGCUGGAAAUCAAACAUUUGUUGCUUACAGUUCUCGAUUUGCAUUCCCAUCUAAAGAAAGUGGAUCUUCAUCUACAUUCUACUAUUCUUUCAAUGCUGGUGGGAUACAUUUCAUUAUGCUUGGAGCAUACAUUGCUUAUGAUAAAUCAGCUGAUCAGUACAAGUGGCUGGAGAAUGACUUGGCUAAAGUUGACCGAUCAGUAACUCCAUGGAUAAUAGCUACAUGGCAUCCACCUUGGUAUAGUUCUUAUAAAGCCCAUUACAGAGAAGCUGAGUGUAUGAAAGUGGCAAUGGAAGAAUUGCUUUACUCAUAUGGUGUUGAUAUAGUCUUCAAUGGACAUGUUCAUGCAUAUGAGAGGUCAAAUCGAGUAUAUAAUUACGAAUUGGAUCCAUGUGGUCCGAUAUAUAUCACAAUUGGAGAUGGGGGUAACCGAGAAAAAAUGGCUAUAGAACAUGCUGAUGAACCUGGAAAGUGUCCGGAGCCAUCAACUACUCCUGAUGCUCACAUGGGUGGUUUUUGUGCAACAAACUUUACAACAGGCCCAGCUGCAGGUAAGUUCUGUUGGGACCGACAACCUGAUUACAGUGCCCUUAGAGAAAGUAGCUUUGGCCAUGGAAUUCUAGAGGUGAAGAAUGAGACAUGGGCUUUAUGGACAUGGCACCGAAAUCAAGACUCCGAGAGUAAAAUUGGGGAUCAAAUUUAUAUAGUGAGACAACCUGAUAAAUGCAUGAUCCGUCCAACGCUAACUAAGCAUUGGUCGUGGGACAUUUAAGUUUGUUUUAGUAGAAAAUUCUGAUCAUUGAAAGUGUUGUUAUUUUAAUCAUAUGUGAGAUGAUGGGAGAGAAGAAGAAGAAGAAGAAGAAGAAGAAGAUAUAUGUAGAGAAAUACAAUAGCAGGGGAAGCAUCUAGAUCCUUUCCCACUAUAGCAGUAAAUAAAAAUACUAUCCAUUUUUUUAGCAUUGCAUUGCAAGUUUAGAUUACUAGUACAUAGUAUGAAGUUUACAUUUAGACAUCUCUCUCACUCCAGAUUUUAGAAAAAAAGUCCUUAUCAUGUUUGAUUGUUAUCAUGACAAUGGAUGGAGCCUGCAAAAUUUAUAUCCAAUAAGGGCAUUUUGAUAAAAUGAAAAUUAUAGUUGUGGUUCGAUUUCAA